AUGUUUGGUAAUUCUCCUGAAAACCAAACGAAGGGUUCUAAAAAUAAUAUCUCUAAUAUUCCGCAAGUCCAAGUAAUUGUAUCCACUGAUCCACAAAAAACUGAUGUUGUUUCCAUAACAACAACAUCUAAACCAAAUAGAAGUUCUGAAAAUACAUCUAAUCCUACCAAUAUUAUUGAGAAAAAUGUAACGGGAAAUAUAUCCUCAUUGAUAAAAGAUACCACAUCUGAAUCGGCAAAUUUAAUAGUUUCUCAAAAACCACCAACAAAAAAAAAACUAUUUAUACGUUAUAGUUCUAGUUCUGCGCUAGUAGUUUCAAAAAAUAAUCCAAAAACUGAGACUACAUUAACUAAAUCGGCUUCAACAACCCCUCAGGUUUCAAAAUUUAAUAUAGAUAAUAAUUCAAUAGAUGAUAAAGAUUUAUUAUAUAAUAGUGAAAAAUCUUUUGAAAUUUAUGAUGAAAAGAAUUCAAUAAGAAGACCUUCUAGUUUAUUAAAUUCAGGAGGAAUUAUUUGUCGACCAAUGUUACGUGAACCAUCACCAAGUAAUAAUACAUUAUCACAAUAUAAUUGUGGUUAUUCUAAAAGUUGUCGUAGAAAAUCUAUGCAUACUUCAGCUUUUAAUAAUACUCUUGGUUUACGUCCUAUCAAAACCAUUGAUCGUCGGGCAUCUCAACCUCUUUUAAAAUGUUCAGAUACAGAUAAUGAUAAAAUUAUUAUUAGUGAUAUUAACAGUAUAGGUUUACAAAAUAUAACAAUUAAAGAUAAAAAAAAAGAUAAAAUUGAUACAACUUUAAAAAUUAAUGGAGUUGAUAAAGUUUCUGGAAAAGGUUUCCUUACUAAACGUGUUUCAUGGAUGUCAAUGAAAUCAUUAUUAGAGGGGAAUGAUACAUUUACUAAUUUUUUUGCUAAAUCAAAAAAUACUGAUAAUUCAUAUUGUAUUAGUAAUAGGAGUGAGACACACUCAAAUAGUCAAUAUGAAUCUAAUGUCAAUUUAAAUGAAAUAUUUGAUUUGGAAAAUGACACUCCUCCUUUGGAGACAAUGUCGUGGAGUAAUGCUGAUGAAUAUGAAAAUGUUACACUAAUGUAUGCAAAACAUGAAAAAAUUCCAAUGAAAGAUUUUGGUUCUGAAAUUAGAGCAACAAUGGAUAUUGAUCAUUUGCUUAAUAAAUCAGUUCUUUUAUUAGAUCUUCAAGAAACAUCAUUAGAAGAGAUAUUUGCAAAAAUUAUACAUGAAAUGGAUAUUCAGGAACCAGAGUUUACAAGUGAACAAGUACGUUCUGUUUUAUUUACUCAAGAUGCUGGAAAUCAAUUUCAUAUAUUAAGUAGAACUGUUCAAAGUAUUUGUACGACUGGUACAGUUGGUGGUACAUUUGAUUAUGAUCAAACAUGGAUAUGUGCCUUAUGCAUGCUGAAUACUGUUCAGCAUAGACAUGUCGCUAUUGCCAGAUUAUCACAUCCAACAAAUUUAGGAAGAACAAUGCAAGAUUUAAGGUUUAUCAUAAUUGUAAUAGCACCUUCUAGAGCAAAAGGAACUAAAACAGCCCUUGAAACAACACGAACAUUUGCUACACUGUUUGCUGAUAUGGAUAUUAGGCAACGUUUAGUAAUGGCUCAAACAGUUGAACAAUUUAGAAGUACAUUACUUCAAGCAGCUAAAGAAUUAGCUAUGGAACAAAAUCAAUGGAGAGAAAGAAAAACAUCAAUUCAUUUAUCACAGGCUAAAGAACAAUUAGUUGAAAUAAUGUUUGGUCCUGGUAGAUGGUAUCCAUUUAGAGGUUUAAUAGAAGAUUUUAAAAGAAGAUGGAAACAUUAUACUUCUGAUUAUGUUGAUGGAUUUACAGGCCAUAGAACAAUGCAAAAAUUAAUUAGUUCAGUUAUUUUUCUAUAUUUUGCAUGUAUUUUACCUGCAAUAGCAUUUGGUGUUCUUAAUGAUGAUAAUACAGGAGGAGGAAUUAAUGUAAGAAAAGUAAUAUUUGCUCAGGCAAUUGGUGGAAUAUUUUUUGCAAUAUUUGGUGGUCAACCAAUGAUUAUACUACUAACAACAGUACCAUUAGCAAUAUAUAUAAAAGUAAUUUACAGAAUAUCGCAAGAUUUAGGUUAUGACUUUUUUGCUAUGUAUGCGUGUGUUGGUUUAUGGUGUCAAAUUUUUUUGAUAAUAUACGCUUCAACAGAAUUAUGCAGUUUAAUGAAACUUGCUACAAGAUCAGCUGAAGAAAUGUUCUCAUUGUUUAUAGCUAUAGCUUUCACAGUAGAAAGUGUUAGAGCAAUGCAUACGAGUUUUACAAAAUAUUAUCAGGGUUGUGAUCAAAAUUUUGAGAUAAUACGGGAAAAGACAACACUACUUGAAAGAUUUGCAAAUGUCACAAACAUGACUUUUAAAGACGCUGUUACUAAUUUUACAAUGGCAAAUGAAACUUUACAAACAGUGGGUGGUGCUUGUAAUAGAGACACAUCAAUUUUGUAUAUGCUUCUCAUGUUUGGUACUCUUUGGUUAGGGUUAUUUCUUUAUAAUUUCAGAAAAACUCCCUAUCUAACAAGAUCAAGACGUGAAUGGCUUGCUGAUUAUGCAUUACCAGCUAGUGUACUUAUUAUGUCAUUUGCUGGCGCUUAUUGUUUCAGUGAGAUUCAUAAAGAUAUGUUUGAUCUUAGAAAUGAUGUUAAAUUAUUGGAAGUUGCUGAUUUAUUUUCAUUACCAUGGCAAGCCUAUUUAGUUAGCGCACUUUUAGGAUUUUCUCUUUCAUUUUUAUUUUUUAUGGAUCAAAAUAUAACAAGUGCAAUUGUUAAUAAUUCCCAAAAUAAAUUAAAGAAAGGGACUGCAUUACAUCUUGAUCUUUUUGUUGUGGCAAUUUUAAAUUGCUUCUUAUCAAUAUUUGGUUUACCAUGGAUGCAUGGUGCAUUACCACAUUCACCACUUCAUAUAAGAGCUUUAGCUGAUGUUGAAGAAAGAGUAGCUCAAGGUCAUGUUCAUGAAGUUAUAAUGAAUGUUCGUGAAACAAGAAUAUCAUCUUUAAUUGCUCAUAUCUUGAUAUUAAUUUCAACUUUUACAUUAAUACCAUUCCCAUUACAAUUAAUUCCAACCUCUGUACUUCAUGGAUUAUUUUUAUAUAUGGCAUUAACUUCGUUAACUGGAAAUGAAAUGUUUGAAAGAUUACUUCUUCUUAUUACAGAGCAACAAGCUUACCCACCAACUCAUUAUAUUAGAAGAGUUCCUCAAAGAAAAGUUCAUUUAUUUACAGCUUGUCAGCUGGCACAAUUAGUUCUACUUUGCGCAAUUGGUUUUAGUCCGUAUCCUUUUAUUGAGAUGGUGUUCCCAAUCGUUUGUUUCUUCUUUUUGCCAAUUCGACAUACAUUAAUACCUCGUCUCAUAGAUUAUAAAUAUUUAGACGCGUUGGAUGGAAGGCAUUAA